UUUCAAAGGUCGCCUGACUGCUGAUGAGAUGGACGUCACGAGCAUAAAAGCAGUCGAGCACCUUCUGUUAAAUACACAACGGUAGACUGGCUUUAUUAAGUUAUUUCCUUCUUCUUUUGUGGAUUAAAUCUCAUAGCUCAUUCAGCCUGAAAUGUUCCAGCAAAAAGUGCAGUCUGGUUGUGUAAGAGAAACAGUAGCUACACUGCUGAAGGCCAAACCGGAGCAACAGACAACUGCAUCUGAGGCCAAACUGCCUUUUUUUCAAUAUAUAUUGUGUGCUGCCACUUCUCCAUCUGUCAAAAUGCAUGAGGAAUCUCUCACCUACCUCAACCAGGGUCAGUCCUACGAAAUCCGAAUGCUUAACCCAAAAGUGUUGGACUGUACGCAUAUAAACAGCAAGUGGGUAAAGAGCACUGUCCGUGUGUUGUUUCAUGAUCGACGUCUGCAAUACAGUGAGUACAAGCAGCUGGAGGGAUGGCGCUGGAACAGGCCAGGAGACAGAAUUCUGGAUCUUGAUACUACCCUCUCUAUGGGGAUAAUAGAGCCUCAAGCUAAUCCACUGGAGCUCAACACUAUUGAGUUCUUCUGGGAUCCUGUCAAAAAUGCCUCUGUAUUUAUUCAAGUAAACUGUAUUAGCACCGAGUUUACACCCAGGAAACACGGCGGAGAGAAGGGAGUUCCCUUCCGGAUUCAGGUAGAUACGUUUACACAGAAUGAGCAUGGAGAAUACAUGGAGCAUGUGCACUCUUCCAGCUGCCAAAUCAAAGUCUUCAAGCCAAAAGGGGCAAAUCGUAGGCUAAGGACAGACAGAGAGAAAAUUGAGAAAAAGAGUCUUCAAGACAGAGAAAAAUAUCAACCAUCAUUUGAAACUACUAUACUUACUGAGUGUUCUCCCUGGCCUGAUGGACCAUACAUCAACAGUGUAAGCAGCAGUCUAUCUCCCAUGUGCCACAUCUCAACGUCUCAUGUCUUUACAGAAGGAGACGAUAGAGACUGCUUUCCAAACCAGCAGAGGGAGCUACUCCUACCCAGCUGCUCUGCUCAGCUUGUGCCAUCACUCUCCUCUCAAGAAGCACAGGAGUGGCUUCACCAGAACAGGUUCUCAUCUUUCUGUAGGCUUUUCUCAAACUUCUCAGGUGCAGAUUUGGUUAAGAUGAGCAAAAAUGACUUUGUUCAGAUCUGUGGUCCUGCUGAUGGGAUCCGCCUGUUUAACGCCAUCAAAGGGAGGUGUAUUCAACCACGCCUCACAGUGUAUGUUUCCCUGCAGAGAAACAAAAAUCAGCCAAACAGCAAGCCAAACAGUGAUGAGGUGUACCAUGCUUUGUCAUUGGAGCACUUGACACUUUUUGAGCUCACAGAGAAGAUAGCAAGUCUAUACAGUGUUCCGGCACAGCAAAUCUGCCAUGUGUACAGACAAGGGCCAAUGGGUAUAUACAUCCUGGUUUCAGAUGAGAUGGUGCAGAAUUUCACAGAGGAAACAAGAUUCAUAAUAAGUGCUUUAAAAGUGGUGAUAGAUGGAAGUAAUGAGAGGUAUCAUGUUGUCCUGAAGUGACCCAAGAUCACAGCUACAGUUUCAUUUUUGUUUUUUUUAUUUUUAUUUUAUAGAAUAGUUCAGAUGUUAAAAAAUGUAUAUUGUACCUAAUGUAGAUAUCAAGACAUAUAUUUUACAUAUAAUUAUUCAUUAUGAAACAAAGGAACAAAAAGCAAUUCUGAAACAGAUUCUUAAAAAUAUUAUAUGAAUUGUAACCCUCAGAAAUUAAGCCUAAGUUCACUCUUUUCUAUUUCUGUAACUUGUAAUGUUAUAAUACAUUUAGUUGUUUUGCUAGGAAUGAUCAGUGAAAAAGUCUUUAUUAUAUAACAAUUUUGAACUAAUCUGUGUAAUACUGCUAAUACUCACAUACUACUAAUUUUUACCUUUUAUUUUGUUUGUGUUUUUACCCCCUCUCUAUUACAUUUUUUCCAUUCCACUGUGUUUCAAUUGGUAUUGUGGCCUGUGAAGACAAACAACUCUGUAUCUCAUUUAAUUUAAUGUAGUUAUUACUGUUUGCAAUUAUUGGUAAAUAAAAUAAUGCAUUCUAAUUAAAUCUAAUCUAAUCGAAUCUAAUCAAAUUAACACUAUAUACGUGUGUGUAUGUUUUGAUAAAAUUAUGUUUUAAAGA